AUGCCCAACCCUCCUACACUUACUAUCAUCACCGAAGAGGGCAUUUUUGCUCUGAAGACUCCCAGACAUGCUGCAGAGGAAGCACCUCAGCACAGAAGUCCCGCACAGCAUCACUCGGUGCUUUUUAGCUCCUGGAAAGUGAAACAAACAAAAAAUGUUGCCUUCAAAGGGUCUUUAUGGGUUAAAAAUAUCUGGAAUGAUUACAAACUUCGGUGGAAUCCAGCAGACUACGGAGGUGCUGAAUUCAUCCGAGUACCAUCUGGACAGAUCUGGAAGCCAGAUAUUGUUUUAUAUAACAAUGCAGUUGGGGAUUUUCAGGUUGAUGACAAGACAAAGGCCCUAUUAAAAUACACAGGUGACGUGACCUGGAUACCUCCGGCUAUAUUUAAAAGCUCAUGUAAAAUAGAUGUAACCUACUUCCCAUUUGACUACCAGAACUGCACCAUGAAGUUUGGUUCCUGGUCUUAUGAUAAAGCCAAAAUUGACUUAGUUUUAAUUGGCUCUACAAUGAACCUGAAAGAUUACUGGGAGAGUGGAGAGUGGGCUAUUAUUAAAGCUCCUGGGUAUAAACACGACAUCAAAUACAACUGCUGUGAAGAGAUAUAUCCAGACAUCACAUAUUCUCUUUACAUUAGGCGUUUACCUUUAUUUUACACUAUCAAUAUGAUUAUUCCAUGUCUGCUGAUUUCUUUCCUGACUGUACUAGUUUUCUAUUUACCUUCAGACUGUGGUGAGAAGGUGACACUCUGCAUAUCAGUCCUUCUAUCUUUAACGGUGUUCCUUCUUGUUAUCACAGAAACCAUACCUUCCACUUCCCUGGUAAUUCCACUUAUUGGGGAAUACCUCCUUUUCACCAUGAUAUUUGUAACUCUAUCUAUUGUCAUUACGGUGUUUGUACUUAACGUGCACUACAGAACACCCAAGACGCACACAAUGCCUGUGUGGGUGAGAACCAUUUUCUUGAACUUACUUCCCAAGAUAAUGUUUAUGACAAGGCCUGCCAGUGAUGAAGAGAAUAAUCAGAAGCCAAAACCAUUUUUCACAUCUGAGUUUUCAAACUUAAAUUGCUUCAACAGUUCCGAAACCAAAUGCUGCAAAGAUGGCUUUGUAUGUCAAGAUAUGGCAUGCAGCUGUUGUCAGUAUCAACGAGUGAAGUUCUCGGAUUUCAGUGGCAAUCUCACAAGAAGUUCAAGCUCUGAGUCUGUAGAUCCGCUGUUUUCAUUUUCAGUUCUGUCACCAGAAAUGAGAGAUGCUAUCGAAAGUGUUAAAUACAUUGCAGAAAACAUGAAAAUGCAGAAUGAAGCAAAAGAGAUUCAGGAUGACUGGAAGUACAUUGCCAUGGUAAUCGAUCGUAUUUUUCUAUGGGUUUUCAUCCUGGUAUGUAUUCUAGGAACAGCAGGACUGUUUCUACAACCUUUGAUGGCUGGAGAUGAAAUGUAA